AUGGGAGGUGGUUCCGUGCGCGCCGGGAGCGCCCUGCGGGAGCGGGGCCGGGAGCGGGCCGAGGCCGCGGUGGGAGCUGCCAGCCCAGACUCUGUGACACCGCUGGGCACUUUGGAGCGUGGUGCCAGCUUUGAUGUGUGCAGGACACGGGAGGACGUGGCCGGGGCUGGCCAUGGGCUGUGUGUGAGCCCUCGCCCUGCCAUGCACCCCGUGGGGGCUGGGGACAGCAGCUUCUCCCGUGUGGCCGUGCAGAGCCAGACCCUGUCCCGCAGCCACUGCCGCAACAUCAAGCAGAAGAUCUCCCAGUGGGAGGGCAGGGCACGGGGCUGCCCCAGCAAGGACAGGCAGCAGCCUAAAGACUUUGGAGUAAAGUAUGAUCCCAGCUGCAAUGCACUACCCAAAGUGAAGGCAGAAUGCACAGAGAAUGGCAGAAGGGCUGGGUCCAAAGAUCCAAAGAGCCUGGGGUUGGAUUUCAGGGAAGAUGCACGGAGCUGCUGGCAGACUGGGGGCUGCGGUGGCCCAGCUUCCCGAGCCAAGGAGAAAGGAGAGGGGCAAACAGGCUUCCUGGCCCCCGGGGUGACACUGCCCCCAGGGAACUUCUAUACCUCACAAGCUCUGUGGAGGAGAGCAGAUCCCCUGCCUGGCAGAACCUCUCCUGUUCCCUUGGACCUCCAAAGGGAGCGAGGCAGCACUGGCACCACAGAAAGAGAACUGCAAAUCAAAGGAGUGGACACUCUCUGCAGGGCAGAGAGGAGCUUGAGAAACAUUUACUCUGAGGUUGAGGGGCAAGAGGAGGAGGCAGCUCCUGAUCCACCACCCAAACCCCGCAGGACUUUCCGCUACCUGGCAGAGAAGGGUGCUGGUGGUCGUAGAGAUGCCAGUGCCACCAGGGAAAUUCCCCUGCAAAAGCAGUGUGGAAAGGACUUGGUGUCAUCCUCCAACAGCCCUGAGAAGAAAAUAGCCAGCAGGAGGAUCAGAGGGAGAGCCCAGAGGAAAUCUUUUGAGUUUGAGGACAUCCAGGGCUUCCGCAAGCGGCCGGCGGGCAGCGGCUCCCACAGACCCCGGGAGGAGACAAAUGGCACUGCAGGAUCCAGGCUGCUCUGCACUCAGUCUGAGGACAACAUCUACGAGGACAUUAUCUGUCCUACAAAAGAACAUCCUUAUGAAGAUAUCAGAGCACUGCCCUUGCCCCUGUGGAAGGUCCCAUCUGUCUGGAAGCUGCCCCCUCCCCGGAGCAUCAGCAGGGCUCCCAAGCCUCCCCCAAAACCUCCCUUCCUCAGUCGUAAGUCUCUGGAGCUGAAGCCCUCCCAGACAAGUUUCCAGGGAAAGAUGGGGAAGGAGACCUCCCUGCCUGUCACUCUGUCUGAGUGGAAGCUGUUCCAAGCAGUGGAGGCUGCCAGCAGGAGAAAGAACCUGCCCUGGCUGGUACUAAAAAUACAGGAGAUCUUUGAUUCCAAGCGUGGAAAGAAGAAGGUGAAGCUGCUCAGUCCUGCUGGGAGAGAAGCAGCUCCAGUGAAAGGUGAAACCAGUGGGAAUGAAAGCGAUACGGAAAAUCAGCCCAAAAGUCGCCACAGGUGCCUGAGGCGCUCGGCCUCCAAGAGGAACCCGCACUACCAGACCUUGGAGAGGGAUCUCAUCGAGCUCCAGGAGCAGCGGCUGUUCGAGCUCUUCGUGGUGGUGUCCCUGCACAAGAAGGCAUCUGAGGUCACCUACACACCACACAUCAUCCAGCAGUUCCCCAGCAAGCCUGAACAUCCCUUCAGACAAUCAAAGGAUACUGAAGAGAGGCUAAAGGUCAUUCCCAAAUUCUGCUUUCCAGAUCCCAAAGACUGGUUCCCUUCAUCAGACCUUAAAAGUGAAACCUUUUCCUUCGUGCUGACGGGGGAGGACGGCAGCCGCUGGUUCGGGUACUGCAGGAAGCUCCUGCCAGAAGGGAAAGGGAAGCGCCUGCCCGAGGUGUACUGCAUCGUGAGCCGCCUGGGCUGCUUCAACCUCUUCUCCAAGAUCCUGGAUGAGGUGGAGAAGAGGCGGGAGAUGUCCCCAGCCCUGGUGCACCCCUUCAUGCGCAGCGUGAUGGAGGCGCCGUUCCCCGCCCCGGGCCGCACCAUCACCGUCAGGAGCUUCCUGCCAGGAGCAGGAGAUGAGGUGAUGGAGCUGUGCCGCCCCUUGGACUCCAGGCUGGAGCACGUUGACUUUGAGUGCCUCUUGCAGUGUCUGAGUGUUUCCCACACCAUCCGGGUCUUUGCCUCUCUCCUGCUGGAAAGGAGGGUCAUCUUCGUGGCUGACAACUUAAGCACCCUGUCUAAAUGUGGGCACGCUGCAGUGGCAACACUUUACCCCUUCACCUGGCAGCACACCUACAUCCCCGUCCUGCCAGCUUCCAUGAUCGACAUCGUGUGCUCUCCGACCCCGUUCCUCGUUGGCAUCCUCUCCUGCUGCCUGCCACAGCUCUCGGACCUGCCCAUAGAAGAGGUUCUGAUUGUUGAUCUUUGUGCUGACAAGUUCUUGCAAGAGCUAUCAGAUGAGGAUGAGAUCCUGCCCCAUAAACUCCAGGCUGCACUUGUACAAAUCCUGGAAGAACGGAGUGAAAUCCUGUCACAUGAGCAGAGUGACACACAAGGUGACACGACCCUGAACUCCCUGGUCUCGGAGGCUUUUGUGCAGUUCUUCGUGGAGAUCGUGGGGCACUACUCCCUGCACAUGAGCGUGACGGAGCAGGGCCAGCGCGUGUUCCAGCGCGAGCCCUUCCGCAAGUCCCACGGCUCGCGCACCGUGCGCCACUUCCUGCACUGCUUCAUGGAGACACAGAUGUUCGCCGGCUUCAUCCAGGACCGCGAGCUCAGCAAGAGCCUGGGCAGAGGCCUUUUUGAGGUCCGUGCCUUGGAGUAUUUGGAGAGUAUUCCAGAGACAGAACGAACUGGAAUGAACAAAAUCCUUCGCAGUCUUGGCAGUAAAAUGAAAUUCCUCCAGAAGAAGUGACCAGGCGCUGCUGCGGGACAGCGGCGGGAGGGGGAACGGCGGGACCCCGGGAGGGCCGGGCCGGGCCGGGGGCUCCGCGUGUGCUGCGGGAACAACUCGCACGUGGAUCGAUAACCAGCUCCAUGGAUUGAUAACAGCUCCUGCAUCGAUAACCAGUUCCAUGGAUCGAUAACCAGUUCCAUGGAUUGAUAACAGCUCCUGCAUCGAUAACCAGUUCCAUGGAUCGAUAACCAGUUCCAUGGAUUGAUAACAGCUCAUGGACCAAUAACCAGUUCCAUGGAUUGAUAACCAGUUCCAUGGAUCGAUAACCAGUUCCAUGGACCAAUAACCAGUUCCAUGGAUCGAUAACCAGUUCCAUGGACCAAUAACCAGUUCCAUGGAUCGAUAACCAGUUCCAUGGAUUGAUAGCAGCUCAUGGACCAAUAACCAGUUCCAUGGAUUGAUAGCAGCUCCUGGAUCGAAAACCAGUUCCAUGGAUCGAUAACCAGUUCCAUGGACCAAUAACCAGUUCCAUGGAUCGAUAACCAGUUCCAUGGAUCGAUAACCAGUUCCAUGGAUUGAUAGCAGCUCCUGGAUCGAUAACCAGUUCCAUGGAUUGAUAGCAGCUCAUGGACCAAUAACCAGUUCCAUGGAUUGAUAGCAGCUCCUGGAUCGAUAACCAGUUCCAUGGAUCAAUAACAGCUCAUCGAUCCAA